AUGGCUGCAGCCAAUGAUCCCUCAUCAGUUACCCUGAAGUCUCGUCAUCUUGUUAAUGGCAGCAUUACAUACUCUGCUGCGCAAGAGUGCGAGAGAAAUGUUCUUCAUGAAUUGGGCUACUGGGAUCAGGAGACAAAUUAUCUCUCUUAUUUAUACCAGAAUCGGGACUCAAUCAGAUCGAUCGUUGCUCGACACCUUGGCUUAAAUUCGCCAGACAAAUGUCACAUCGCGGAGCCUGAGCAGUGGAUGCGUGGAAGCUUUAAUAUUUGCAUUCCAGUCGACGCCGAUGGUCAAGGCCCCAAGCCGGGAAUACAAAUGAUUAUCCGAUUUCCCUUGCCAUAUCGGGUUGGGGAGGUCCCUUGCCCUGGGAAUGCCGAUGAGAAGAUCUUUUGUGAAGCAGGGACAUACGUAUGGCUCCAGGCGAAUUGCCCAGAUGUGGCUAUUCCACAUCUAUAUGGAUUCGGACUCGCUACUGGCCGAACAGUACUUCGUCGGGGGGUUUUGGCGUGGCUAGGCUACGAAGUUCCUUCUCGAUUUGUUCAAAUCUGUAACAAGGCGCCCGCCCCUUUGAAUACAGGUUACAUUUUAAUUGAGUACAUUGGGCGAUCCCGUGGCAAAAUGCUUUCUGAAUCGUGGGAAGAAGGCCGUCACAGCCCUCAGCUACGGAUGAAUCUGUUUCGUGGUCUUUCUCGUACUCUACUUUCUCUAACACGCACCCCAUUACCAAGGAUCGGUUCUUUUGUCUUGGAUGAUAAAGGAUACCUGAGGUUAAAUAAUAGGCCGCUCACGCUGCAAAUUCCCCAAUUGGAAAAUGAACGAAUACCGGUUGAUAUACCACGGGAGGUCACUCAUAUCUCUGUUGAUUCAUACAUUAAUGAUAUUAUCUCGCUCCAUGAAAGCCGCCUACGUCAUCAACCCAAUGCAGUGUGCCAUCUUGAGGAUGGUUUCUAUCAAACAUCAGCAUUAAUGGUAAUGAGAAGCAUCUGGUCUUGCUACUUUCGCAGAGAUUUUCUUCGCGGUCCAUUCUUUUUGACCCUCACCGAUAUCCAUCAAAGCAACAUAUUUGUUGACGAUGAGUGGAACAUCAAAUGCUUCAUCGAUUUAGAAUGGGCUUGCUCUCGGCCCGUGGAGAUGAUUCAUCCUCCAUAUUGGUUAACAAACCAAGCCAUCGACUCAAUCACCCUGGAGGAUUACGAAAGUCUUCAUGCGGAAUUCAUGACGGCGUUGGCAGAGGAAGAAUCGAAGUGUUUAACAAGGUCAUCGCUGUUACUGCACCCUAUUCUGCAACAGGGGUGGGAAAAAGGGACAUUUUGGUGCUCUCUCGCGCUGAACAGUCCUACAGCGCUCUUCAGGAUUUUCUAUGACUAUAUUCAGCCGAGGUUUUCAAAGGCUCACAAUGACGACUCGACGUUUUGGGUCAUCACUAUGCCUUAUUGGACGUUCAACUCGUUUGAUUUCAUUGAGCAAAAAGUGAAAGACAAAAAGCAGUAUGAUGUAUCUUUGCGUGAGGCAUUCAAAAGCUGA